AUGGAGUCAUCAGUUGAAAACCAGCAAAAAAUAGAGCUAAAUGAGGGAAAUGAAGAGGAGGAAGUAGAAAUGAGCUAUGAGGACUACUUAGUAUACUCAGCAAGAUUAGGAGAGUUUGAUGAUGUUAAAAUGAGUAUUGAAGAAAAAGUAGAUCCGAACUAUGCUGAUGAAUCAGGCAAUACUGCAUUACACAUGGCUUGUGCAAACAAUUUUAUUGAAAUCGCUAAAUACCUUCUUAUUAAUGGAGCAAAUCCAAAUUUAAAGAAUCAAUCAAAUAAUACACCAUUACAUUGGGCAGCUUUAAAUGGGCGUGUUGAAAUUGUAGAGUUAUUGCUUGAGCAUAAAGCUGAUCCAAAUAUAAAAAAUGAAUUUGAUAGAAUUCCUUUUGAAGAAGCAUUAUAGAAUGGAUUUGCUAAUGUUGGAGUAAUAGAAUAAGUUGAGUUAAUAUUUUCAUAGGAAAUCUUAGCUAAAGUUUCUAUUUUAUCAGAUGACAAAGUAUACACUUCAAUAUAAGAGAUGCCAGAGGAUUAAGAGGAAGAGAAAAAAGGAGAUGAUUUAUUUGGAGAUGAAUUAGCAGAUGAUAUAUAGGAAGAUGAUGAUAAGAGAUCAAUAGUUAGUGAAGAAGCAAUUAGAUAAGAGGAGGCUAAGCCAUUAACAGAAGAGUAGUUAAAAUCUAUAGAGGAAAGAAAAUAGAAAGAAGAAUAGUAAAAGCUGCAGGAAAUUAAUCAAUAAAUGAAGGAUAAAUUUAACAUGCAAGAAUUUGAGAUUGAAGUGAAAAAGAUUGAUGAGAAUUAGAUUUUGUGA